UUCUAUGACCGGAACAAAAAAUAGGACCAGGAAGUUGAAGUGUCGAGCGCGUCCCCGUCACGAUAGAGCAACAAACUAAAGUUUUAACAAAGUAUUUUUAAAAGGUUUUAGCUUAUAGGUCCGCUUCGGGAAACGUGUUUUCAUUGAUUAUCGAUCAGGGGACAUCAUUUCCAGCGACAUGGACCAUGAUCCGGAGCGAGGAGAUCUGGCGGAGCCUCCAAAGGACAAAGUUGCUCAACUAAAGGAUCAGGUGGAUGGGGUGAAAAACAUCAUGACGGAAAACGUGGACCGGAUCCUGGCCCGAGGAGAGAGGCUGGACGAACUCAUGGACAAGACGGAGGACUUGCAAAUGGGGGCUCAGCACUUCAAGCACACGGCACAGAAAGUCGCCCGCUCUUACUGGUGGAAGAACGUCAAGCUGGUGGUGGUGCUGGUGGUCAUCGUCCUCGUCAUCAUCCUCAUCAUCGUGCUGCUGGCCACCGGCGUCAUUCCCACCGGAAACCCCGUGCCUCCCAUCGUCACCCCCACCACCAAACCCUGAGCCCACAGCAACACUCGGAUAGCUGAUACAUGGAUGAAGCACACACAUCCCAGUUGCACACUGUAAUGUACAGACUCUUGAAAAUUACUCUCCUAUGAAGAAAUAUUUGACACUUUAGUUUCCUCUUAAUCCGGUUCUUCUUUGAUAUCAGCUGCUUGUCACCUUCAUCAUGUGAUAAAGGAGCGUCUCCUAGUUAUUUAUAGAAGUGAAACGCCUCCUGUUGGCCACGUCAAUAUUGCAUGCAAUGUCCAAUUAUCUAAGACUAUUUUAUUUUAUUUUUUCUGUUACAAACUUCUGUACAAGUUGAUCUGUAUUAAAUUGAUAAAUAUAUCUGACGCUGGGCUGAAUCGCACAUUAGAAGUAAAUGUUACCAGUUAUAUCAGUCAUGUUUGUUUUAUCCAAAAUCCACUACUUUUUUCUCUCUGCUCAUCGUUUUUGGAAACGUGGCUACAGAAACAAAGCCCUGGAGUUUGUUACACUCAGAUGGUACUUUUCCAACCUUUUGAAGGGGUCAGUGGUGCAUUCAGGGCUGAAAGCGCUGAAAGGCAGAAUCGUGCAGAAGUGUUUUGUCAUUGGAUGAGAUGUUUACACAAGGUUGUACAAUUUGGUAUGGUUCUUCAUUGCUGUUUUCUUUGAUUUUUCUUUCUCUGCCGGUCCCUCUGCCGUUCAUGUUACAACACGAAGCCCUUCCUUUGCGGCUUCAUGUAGUAAAACCAAAGCCAGCAUGAGGAUGAUGAGAGGCUUUUCCAGCCUAUCAGCUGAGAGAAGCCAUUUAGAUCAUGUGCCUUUCGCCCCCUUCUGGUCUAGUCAUGCCAGUCACUGCUGGAAAAAGUCAAUUUCAACGUAUUCUUACUCCCAGGAUGCAAGUUUGUGUUUCUCGUCCCGCAGCAUUGAUUUAUGCUUCUACUUAACUGUAAAUAGCUGACAUUUUCUCCAGGUUCCAUAACUAAUCAGUGUCUUAAUCAAAGUGUUUCUUGAAAAAUGUAAUGGUUUAUUUUUUGCAUCAAAUCAAUUAAUAUUUUUGUCAGUUUGAGCAGAUAAUUUACAUAGAAAUUAAUGGUAAAAUAUUACAGAAGAAAUGUUUGUAUGUGUUUAGUUUCUUCUGUACGUGCGUCUCUGAUAAAGCUGGGCCUCCGGGCCUCCUGGUCGCCGGGCCUCCUGGUCGCCGGGCCUCCUGGUCGCCGGGCCUCCUGGUCGCCGGGCCUCCUGGUCGCCGGGCCUCCUGGUCGCCGGGGCUCCUGGUCGCCGGGCCUCCUGGUCGCCGGGGCUCCUGGUCGCCGGGGCUCCUGGUCGCCGGGGCUCCUGGUCGCCGGGGCUCCUGGUCGCCGGGGCUCCUGGUCGCCGGGGCUCCUGGUCGCCGGGGCUCCUGGUCGCCGGGGCUCCUGGUCGCCGGGGCUCCUGGUCGCCGGGGCUCCUGGUCGCCGGGGCUCCUGGUCGCCGGGGCUCCUGGUCGCCGGGGCUCCUGGUCGCCUGAUCUGCAGUCUUUCUCUAUUGCAUGAGAUCUUCCUCUCUUCCCUUCUAGUCUGUUUAAGCUAUUUACGACUGCUGCUGUGGUAAGGCGUCAUUCUGUCAAGUUUAUCUCUUAUAGAAUUGUCCAGACUUUCUGGUAUUUAAUGGUUUUAUUGGUGGAUUCAAUAAAUAGUAUUUAUGUCAUUCA